AUGUAUUUGCAGAUCACGCGACCUGACAUUACUUCCGCCGUUAACAAGCUAAGUCAGUUCUCUGCUGCACCUCGCAAAGCUCAUCACCAAGCUCUUCUUAAGAUUCUUCAUUACAUCAAGGGUACUGUUGGACAGGGUUUGUUUUACUCAGCCUCCUCUGAUUUGCAAAUUCGUAUCUAUGUUGACGCGGACUAUGCUGGUUGCCGCGACACUCGGAAAUCUACUACUGGCUACUGCAUUUUCUUGGGCUCCUCUCUCAUCACUUGGAAGUCUAAGAAGCAGGACGUCGUCUCCAAGUCUUCCGCUGAGGCUGAGUAUCGCAGCCUUUCCAAAGCUACUGAUGAGCUUGUCUGGUUUACCAACUUCCUCAAAGAGUUGCAGGUUCCGUUAUCUAAACCAACUCAACUUUACUGUGACAACAUGGCUGCAAUCCAUAUUGCUCGGAAUCCUGUCUUCCAUGAGAGGACCAAGCAUAUUGAAUCGGAUUGUCAAAGCGUUCGGGAACGUUUGGUUGCUGGCUUCUUUGAGUUGAAUCAUAUCAAGAGUGAGCUGCAGAUUGCUGAUCCGUUCACUAAGCCCCUUUAUCCGGCUCAGUUCCGUUACUUGUUUGGCAAGAUGGGUCUUCGAAAUAUCUACGAUCCAUCUUGA